AUGGCACCUCUCGGCGACCAGGCCAUUCCCGUCGCAGGACCGUCAUCAAAGAAGCCUCAAAAGGCAACCAGAGACAUCCUGCACCCAAAAUUCAACCCAACGUACCUGCCUAAAGACUCGCCCUGUCUACUCUCAGCCGGCCAAGAUGUCUGGGUCACACCGCUGUCCGCACCAGCAUACUUUCCCCUCGAUGCCUUCCAGGCAACCCUCGAGGAGAUGUCUCUUCACCCCGAGCAAAACUCUAGUUUGAUCAUCCGCGCCGACCCCUUGCCCGACACUGAGGAAAAGGAAGAUGCCGCCCUCGCCGCCCGUCUCGGUCUCGAGCUGCUCUCACACAAGCGUGUGCGCUUCAUCCCCCGCCAACCGCGCAGAGACGCACGCCUGGACGAACGCGUCGUCAUGUACUCGUCGCCUGAAGGGGACAGCGGUGUUGUCGUGCAGACACCGUGCGUGUCCUCCGUGGCCGACAUACCCUACUACUUUCCAGCUGUCCGCAAGAUUGCCUUUCUGUGGGACUCGGACGGGGCCGACGCAGAGGUCACCGAGGGUGUACCCAGGGUGUAUGGACGGAUAUCCAUCGCGUACCUUCCCUUCCCCGACACCCCGCGUGCCAACGAGACCCCCCUGCCGCCUCCUCCAAAGCCUGCACGACGCCGGAGCCCACUCGCCGGACCUCCUAUCGGGGCGGCCGAAUUGAACGCUGGCCCACCAGCACCCACACACCCGGCUACCGUACUCGAAGAGGACACUGAAGAGGGGCGUGCCGAGGCCAAGGCCGCUGUGGAGCGCCGGCUCCAGCGCACAUGCCUCGGCCUCUUGGAGCGCUUGCACAAGCACGGCCACGGGACACUCCAAGGCUACGUCAAGCGUGUCGCCCACGAUGUCAUUGUGUCUCGCGAGCCGUUCCAGGACCUGUACCAGGCUCUCAAGGAACGCCACAAGCACCUCGACUCGCGCGUGCCACUGGCAUGGAGCAACAAGGUCGAAGACGUCAAGCGUCAUGUAUGGAAGGACGCAGGCUCACCCGACGAUCGACUGCUUCCGACAAACCUGGCACUUUGGGGACAACAGGACAUUGCUAUCGCUGCAUUCUUGAUGCUCCUUUGGCGCGACAUGUACCCAGCCAGGGAAGGCACCGAAACGGGCAUGGAAUGGGACAAAUGGGGCCGUCCGCCAGGCGGUCUCGUCGACUUGGGUUGCGGCAACGGUCUCGUCGUCCACAUCCUUGUUUCCGAGGGGUACAAGGGUAGAGGGUACGAGCUCCGAGCGCGACGCACUUGGCCCCAAUACCCUGCCGCAACGCAAGCCUCGCUCGUGGAGCUCCAGAUCGAUAUGCCCUCGUGGUUCCCAGAGACAAUGGAGCAGUGGCAGGCUGGCGACUGGCCUGGCAAGGAACAGUGUGUUGUCAAAGAAGGCACGUUUCUAUUGGGAAACCAUGCGGACGAACUCACACCAUGGAUCCCCCUCUUGUCGCUGCUGCCCGCCACACCGGUUCCUUACCUCAACUUGCCCUGCUGCCUCCACACGCUCGACUCCAAGUUUACCUCGCUCGACUUUACCGCUCCUGCCCACCCUCACGCACCCGCCGGUGGGUUUGACGAAGGGCUGGAGACUGGUCAGUCACGAUACAAGGCCUUCACUAUGUGGCUCGGUUGGGAGGGUCUCAUGUGCGGUUGGGAGUGGGAGAAGGAGAGCCUGCGCAUUCCUUCGACACGAGGGUGGGCGAUCGUUGCUCGCCGCCGGUGGACCUCGAAACCGACACCAGGAUCAGGACCAGACGCCGUUGCCGUUUCGGACUUGGAGGACGAGGGGACUAGCGGAGGGUCGACCUGGCACGCGGACCGUGCGGCCCGCGAGUGGGCCUUUAACGAGGUCAAGGCGGUACGAGAGCGUGGAGCGUUCUCCAUUCGCGUCAAGGAGGGCAAGGACCACUAA